AUUCCAGUAGAUAACCCCAGCUGUCUGAGAGCCGCUCCAGUCUGUUUGUUGUUACCGGACACAGCAUCAUGUCUUCAGACCCGUGCGCUUUCUCUUCGUUCACCAGGUGCGUCACCAAACAUCUGAACCUGUCCUUCCACGUGGACUUCGACAGACAUGCCAUCAGGGCGAAGGUGGAGCUCACCGUGGAGUCUCUGGAGGACCGUUUCUCCACUCUGACUUUGGACACCAGAGACCUGAAAAUUGCCUCUGUGUCUGCGAAUGGCCAGCCGGCUCGCUUCAGUCUGGGCCCCAAACACAGCUUCAAGGGGACACCACUGGACAUCACGCUGCCGUUUGACAUCUCCAGGGGACAGCAUGUGAUUGUGGAGGUGACCUAUGAGACGUCUCCCUCUUCAUCGGCUCUGCAGUGGCUCAAACCUGAACAGACUGCUGGGAAGAACCAACCCUACCUGUUCAGCCAGUGUCAGGCUCAUCACUGCAGGAGUAUGAUCCCCUGUCAGGACAGUCCAUCUGUCAAACACACCUACUAUGCUCAGGUUUCUGUACCUAAGGAUCUGGUAGCGGUAAUGAGUGCAGUGAGAGAUGGACAAGAAGUCGAUCCUCAGGACAACAGCCGCAUCAUCUACAGAUUCAGACAGCCGGUGCCCAUGCCUUCCUACCUGAUAGCGAUUGUGGUUGGAGCUCUGGAAAGCAGAGAGAUCGGUCCAAGGUCCAGAGUGUGGUCUGAGAAAGAGUUUGUGGAUAAAGCAGCGUUUGAGUUCUCAAAGACGGAGACCAUGCUGAAGACAGCUGAGGACCUGGCUGGACCGUAUGUUUGGGGUCAGUAUGACAUCCUGGUUCUACCUCCAUCUUUCCCAUAUGGAGGCAUGGAGAACCCCUGUCUGACCUUUGCUACCCCCACCCUACUAGCAGGAGAUAAAUCUUUGUCUAAUGUGAUUGCCCAUGAGAUCUCUCACAGCUGGACUGGUAAUCUGGUGACCAACAAGACCUGGGAACACUUCUGGUUGAACGAAGGCCACACAGUGUACCUGGAGAGGAUGAUUGGCAGGUGUAUGGAGAGCGAACAGUUCAGACAGUUUAAAGCCAUUGGGGGCUGGAAGGAGCUGCAGGACUCAGUGAACACCUUUGGAGCCAACAACCCCCUGACUAACCUCGUUCCCAGUCUGCAGGAUGUUAACCCUGAUGAUGCCUUCUCCUCAGUUCCCUAUGAGAAAGGUUUCACUCUGCUGUAUCACCUGGAGGAGCUAAUGGGAGGCCCAGAGGUCUUCAUGGGUUUUGUGAAGUCAUACAUCCAGCUGUUUGCCUACAGCAGCGUCACUACAGAAGAGUGGAAGAACUAUCUUUUCACUUAUUUCAAAGACAAGGUGGAUGUCUUGAACAAGGUGGAUUGGAACGCCUGGAUGUUCACUCCUGGGAUGCCUCCUGUAAAACCUCAGUACGACACCACACUGGCUGAUGCCUGCAUCACUCUCAGCCAAAGGUGGAUCAAGGCCAAAGGCCAGGACCUGAGCAGCUUCAACAAGUCAGAUGUGAAGAUGUUAUCAUCCCACCAGCUCAUUGAGUUCCUGUCCCUCCUGCUGCAGGAGGAUCCUCUCCCUCUGGCUCAUGUGAAGAAGAUGCAGGAGGUUUAUGAUCUUAAUGCCUGCAUGAAUUCAGAGAUUCGCUUCAGGUGGUUAAGGUUAUGUGUUCGGUGCAAGUGGGAGGAAGCGGUCCCCAUGGCACUGAAGAUGGCGACAGAACAGGGCAGACUGAAAUUCACAAGACCUCUGUUCAGGGAGGUGUUUAACUUUGAAAAGUAUCGUGAUGAAGCUGUUCGCGUCUUUAUGGCUCACCGAGCAGCGAUGCACCCAGUCACUUCCGGACUGGUUAGCAAAGACCUGAAGGUGGACACCAGCAAGACCACCAGUCUGUAAUAGAAACCAGUCUGUCAAACCAGUAUUAAUAAACACAGUGACAGAAACCAAUUAAAGUUCUACUUUCUUCA